AUGGUCGAGUCGAAGAGCUUUCCCGCCGCCACUUCGCCGCAACUGCCGGCGCCAGGCGCGCGGCUUCCUUCGUCGCAGAGCUGCGGCGCUGCCGUUUCGCAGCGCCCCGCUUCCCCGCACGCGCGUUCUCCGUUCGCUUCGCCGCGUACUGCUUCCCCUCGCCCCCCCUCCCCGUUCUCCUCCCCGCGUCACGCUUCUCCGCUUUCCUCUCCUAGUAACGCCAACCAUUCUGGAGCGCGGCGCCCGCCAAGCGAUCAACAGUCCACAAGGCUAGGCCCCUCGCCAGCAGAAGCAGCUUACGAGGACUGGCCGUCAACUGACGUGUCACCGUCGGGAUUCUCACUCGCAGCGGCAGGCCCGCCGUCCCCGUCGACAGCAGGAGCGGCUGUAGCGGGGCUGCGGUCGCGGAGCCGGCUCGGUCCAGGCUACAACCACGCGACAGCCGACCACGCCACAGGCAGCCCUCGCUGCGCCUCACCCCACCAUGCCCCUGCCACUAGUCCCGGGGCCGUUACCGCGUUAGCCCCUAGCGCAAACCGCACGGCACUAGGAACUCCCGCUGUGAGCACGCAGGAAUGCAACAAUCUGCCGGAUCCCGCGCGACCGCAGCCCAAGGCCACGUGGGGUAGCCCGCACGACGCGCACAGGCCGGUGUCCCCGAAGAACCAGCCGGUCCGCCGCUUUGCGCUUCCGCCAAAGCUGCUGUGCGGUUCCUUCUCCCCCUCCUCCCCGUCAUCCCUCUCCCCCGCCACCCCCUCCCCGGUCCAUCCCUUCUCCCCAGCCUCCCCUUCUGCCCGCAAACACUCCGGCGCGUUUCCGCAUUCCGCCUCUGCCCCUUUUUCUUGUCCCCCUUCCGCCUCCCCGGCAUCUCCCGCCUCCCCCACGCCCUCUGCUUCCCCCCCCUCCGCCUCCUGCUUCUCCUCCUCCUCAACCGUGUCGCACUCGCGAUUCGCAUCGCUGUCGCCAGCGUCGCCCCUGGGCGUCCUAAAGUCGCCCACGCCGCAUUCCCCGGCGAGCAGGAGCGCGUCGCCGCAGCCCAAGAGCCCGCUGGGGCGGACGGCAGUCGCCGCGGGAACGCACACCAGCACAUGCGCUGCUAGUGCCGCCGGUGAUAGCGCAAGCUGCAUAAGUGAAGGGACGUUUCGUCAGCAGCAGCAGCAGCAGCAGGCGCAGAGGCGGGGGGCGAUCUCGGGGGCGCAGGGGCGGGCGUUCAGCAUCGCGGACUUGCUGCGCCUCCACUCGCGCUCGCUCUCCUCCCGCGCUGCGCCCGAUGCGCCAAUCUCUGCCACCUCACCCGCGCGCGGUGACUCGGACGAGGCGGGUUCGUGGAGGCCCGACGCGCGCUUGCGAGGCGGGGAGGGGAUGAGCGGGCAGGCGCAGCAGCGGCGGGGGUCUCCCCAGCAGCGGCCGCGGCAGCGGGUUGGGGGGGAUGGGCAGAGAAAGCGGGCGAUAGUGCGGUGUGUAUCGGAGCAGGUGGAACGACGCAGUGCUUAUAGCGGGGAUGGGAUGACGGGCCAAGAGGGAAGGGGAGGUGAGAGGGAUGCGCGGAGAGCGAGCGCGCAUGGGUGGGCGUCCGCUGACCUGGCGCUCAGACUGCAGCGCGCCGUUGCGACUGCUGCUCGCGGCCGCUCUGCUGCUGCGCCCGCUAUGAGCGCCGCUGCUGUUGCUGCCGCCACUUGCGCCAACUCUGCUGCCGCGAGCGGCAAUGCUGCUGCAAGUCAUGGCGCUGUUGCUGGUAACAGGGUUACCAGUUCACGAGAGGACGCAGAAACUAGACACGGGGACGGGGGAGAGGGGGAAGAAGAGGAGUGGUUAGAAAGGGGGAGCGGUUGGAGCGUGGAUGGGGAGGAGGAAGGACAGGCCGAGGAGAGCGCGGUGAGGAGGGAGGAAGGCGCGUGGGAGGUGGCUCAGGGGCAUGGGGAGAGGCACCGGGAGAGGCAUGGAGAGAUGCAAGGGGAGAGGCAGGGGGAGAGGCAGGGGGAGAGGCAGGGGGAGAGGCAGGGGGAUAGGCAGGGGGAGAGGCAGGGGGAGAGGCAGGGGGAUAGGCAGGGGGAGAGGCAGGGGGAGAGGCAGGGGGAUAGGCAGGGGGAGAGGCAGGGGGAGAGGCAGGGGUGCAGUGGAGGCAGCGGCAGUAUGCCGCUGUGCCCGGGUGCGUUCCUGGGCAGCAGCAGCUCGUUCAACGCGCGCCCUCGCUUCCCCGUCAACGCCUCCACCUCCGCCGCUGCCGCCGCCCUCGCCGCCGGGGGCAGCUGCCGGCGCAGCAGCAGCCGGCUGGCGCUCUCGGACCUGUACAGCAGCAGCCGGGACUCGCGGCCCGCUGGGCCAGGCACGGGCGCGCCCACUGGUGCCACUAGCACCAGUUGCGGGGGGGGUGAGAGCGGGCGUGUGAGCAGCAAGGGGGGCAGCAGCAUGGGGUGGGGCAGCAGGAGCGGGCGCGAGGUGUGGAAGGGCGCGCGGGACACGCAUGGCACGCAGUCCAGCCUGUUUCAGGGGGGAGGCAGCGGCAGGCUGCUGGGACUCACUCUCAGCCCGCUCAGGGCCAGGGGUGGCGCAGAUGGGAAGAGUGGGCGGCAAGGUGAUGGCAGGGGGGUGAGCGGGCCUCUUUCCCCGGCCGUUGUGCCGCGCUCGCCUUCCAGUGUGGGCUUGCUGCCCUUCCCCACCACCGCUGCUCCUCCUGCUCUUCACUCGCCCGUGCUCGUGCCUGGGGCUGCCUUGCCUGGUUCGCCGCUGCCGUACCAGAGAGGGAGGCUCGGGAGAGAGGCGUGGCAGCAACAGCAGCAGCAGCAGCAGCAGCAGUUGGGGCAGCAGCAUAGCCAGCAGAGUGAGGUGCAUGAGGAGCAUCAGCAGCAGCACGUCACGACGAGCCUGCACCAGCACACACAUGUGUCGUGUGUUGGCUUCAGUGUCAGCACUGUCAAAAGCACAAGCACACACGUUGCAACCACACACGCCACAGUCACACAGCAAUGCUCCAACAGGGCCACCUCAGAAGCAGCAGCAACAACACAAGUCCACCAGUCCCCAACAGCCACGAUGCCGUUGGUUGCCAAGCCUGGCAGCGAGGCUUGGGAAGCCAAGGGAGCUCCUGACAGAAGCCAAGGUUUGGAAGAGCAGGCUCGGCAGCAGCGGCUGUGGAAGCAGUCAGAGCGGGCAGCGGAGCGGAGGAGGAAGGCACGGGCGAGUGAUUUUGUGCUGAGGAAGCCGUAUGCCGACAUCCGAGAGGAGUACGUGGUGGCCCGCAAGGAGAUCGGCAGUGGGCAGUUCGGCAUCAUCCGCAAGUGCGUGCAGCGGCAGACAGGGCUCACGUUUGCGUGCAAGAGCAUCGCCAAGGCGGGCAUUCUGACGGCGGAGGAUGCGGAGGACGUGCGCAACGAGGUGGGGUUCCUGGAGGAGCUGCGCGGCCACCCGCACAUCGUAGCGGUGCAUGCCACGUUUGAAGAUGACGACAACAUUCACAUUGUGAUGGAGCUCUGCAAGGGCGGCGACCUCUUUGACCGCAUCAAGCUGCGCGGCCGCAUGCCUGAGCCCGCUGCUGCUGCCAUCUGCAAGGCGCUAGUGGGCGUGCUGCUGCACUGCCAUGCACGGGGCGUGCUGCACAUGGACGUGAAGCCCGAGAACGUGCUCAUGUGCGACCGCUCUGACGACACCCACAUGAAGCUCAUUGACUUUGGCGUGGCCACGCGGUUCACUGCAGGCGUGGUGUGCCGGGAGGUGCUGGGCACGCCUGAGUACAUCGCCCCGGAGGUGCUCAAGGGUGCGUACGGCCCGCCCGCUGACCUCUGGAGUGCUGGUGUGGUGCUCUAUGUCAUGCUGGCCGGGGCGCCUCCCUUCUGGGAGCGCGCAAGUAAGACGCUCAAGGAGUCCAUUCUGGGGGAUGACGUGCCCUUCCCCCACAGCAAGUGGGGCGACCGGUCGGCAGAGUGCAAGGAGCUUAUAAGGAGGAUGCUUGACAAGGAUCCGGCCACGAGGAUAACUGGCAAGGAGAUUCUUGAUCACAUAAUCAGUGUUCCAACAGGGGAACCACGCAUCUCGAAGAUGGGCACGGGACUGACGCUCUACGGCCACGUGCACUCGCCGUUCGUGCGUCGCGUGCUGCUGACGCUCUAUGAGAUGGGCGUCGAGGAUUUCGAGAUGAAGGUGGUGAACACGAGCAAGGGCGACAACAAGACGCCCGAGUUCCUCGCCAUGAACCCGUUCGGCAAGAUGCCAGUGCUGGACGACAACGGCCGCUACCUCAAUGAGUCGCGCGCCAUCAUGCGGUACAUAGCGGAGAAGUACGCGGAGGGGCGCCCGAACCUGGUGGGGGCGGACGUGUGGGAGCGCGCGGAGGUGAGCCAGUGGACGGACGUGGAGGCGCACAGCGUGACGGAGCAGGUGGCCGUGGUGGUGGAGGAGAACUUCCUCAAACGCCUCAUGGGCAAGGGCGAGCCCGACAAGGCGCGCGCUGAUGCAGCCAUUGAGAAGCUGGGGCGGCUGUUUGACAUCUACGAGAAGCACCUGGAGGGGCGCCAGUACCUGGUGGGUGGGCGCUGCACGCUAGCGGACCUCACGCACCUGCCGUACACCGAGAUCCUCUUCCAUGCCGGCGCCGGUGAUCUCAUCACGUCGCGCCCCAACGUGGCGCAGUGGUGGGAGCGCAUCUCGUCCCGCCCCGCGUGGAAGAAGGUGCAGCAGCUCGAGCCCAUCCCCGCCUGA